CGCCCCCGUCGCCGCGGGGCCCUUUCUUUGGGUGUAUAAGCCCUCUGUAGCAGCCCUCCUCCACAACACGCUCCGGUGCGACAUGGCUCCGGUGUCCGCGACGCGCGCCGCGCUCCUGGUGUCCUUCUCCGUGUUGGUGACGCUGCUGCUGGGCUUCGGGCUGCCGUCGCUGCUCAACCUGUGCGCGAGGACGCUGGGCUUCCCGGAGACCAGCGUCACGGAGUGCAUCGUCGCGCUGUACCUCGGCUUCGUGGCGUACGCGGCCACGCCUCGGAUUCCGCGAGGACUGGUGACGGUGAAGGGAAAAGCUGUGUUCAUUACAGGUUGUGACACAGGGUUCGGUCAUGCACUUGCCAAACAUCUGCACAAGCUUGGCUUCACUGUCUUUGCUGGAUGUCUUUUUAAGGACAAAGGUGGUGACGGUGCAAAGGAAUUGGAAGAAUUCUCUUCCGAUCGCAUGAAAGUUGUGCAGCUGGAUGUCUGCAGUCAAGAGCAGGUGGACCAAGCUGUGACGUAUGUCAAGGGGAACCUGGAGGGCACAGAAACAAGUCUUUGGGCUGUGGUGAACAACGCCGGUGUGUCAACGUUUGGCGAAAUCGAGUUCACCUCCAUGGACACCUACAGACGGGUGUCAGAGGUCAACCUGUGGGGCACCAUCAGGGUCACCAAGGCCUUUCUACCAUUAAUCCGCAGGGCCAAAGGACGCGUCGUCAACGUGGCCAGCAUGUCGGGGAGGAUGGGCGGUCCCUCGCAGUCCGCUUACUGCGUGUCCAAAUACGGCGUGGAGGUGUUCUCCGACUGCCUUCGCUACGAGAUGAAGGCCUGGGGGGUCAAAGUGUCCAUAAUCGAGCCGGGCAACUUCCUCGCCGCCACCAGCAUCAUGACCCGGGACAGCGUGGCCACCAUGGCCACCAAGCUGUGGUGCGAGGCUCCCCCGCAGGUCCAGGAGGAUUAUGGGAAGGCCCGCUUCGAGAGCCACAUGGCUGGGCUGCGCUCGCACUGCAACGGCGGGCAGAAGGACGCGGCGCCCGUUCUGGACGACAUCACGGACGCCGUCAUGUCCAAGCGCCCGUACACGCGGUACCACCCCAUGGAGCCGCACUCCUGGAUCAGAGUUCAGCUGGUGACUCACCUUCCUGGCGCCAUGUCCGACUUCCUGUACUUCUAAAAAAGAGGAGGCGCUGGUGUAAGAAGCCGACUAGUAGUAACCACUGUGUUAGAGAGGCUUUUAAAAAAAAAAAAAAAUUAAAAA